AUGCUCCAAGACUCAGAGAAGGCAUACAUGGAAGCCACGGCGGUGUUGGCGGAGGCGUUCGGCGGGGCGACGCAGCCGCGGGACGUGGACGUGAAGCGCAUGUGGGACUUCAUCUUCGUCCCCACGUACUCGUGCCCUCGCGAGCGACGCAUCGGCCGCGCUGGCGACGGCGGGAAGUGGACUUGCAUUAUGAGGGCGUUCUUUGCCAAGCCGAAGAUCACCGUCUUCAGCAUUGGCAGCCAUGGGGAUCCCAGCUUCGAGAAAGCCGUGCAAAAAGUCAUCCAUGCCAAGCCCUACACCUUCGACCCGUUCCUGAACGCGUCGGUUCUCGCCGAGAUGCAAUCCCAGCCGUUCAUGCGCUUCCGCAACGCGGGCCUCGUGGGUUCGCGGACUAAGGCGAAUGCGACGAGGCAGUUCCCGGGAGUGACUUUUGUGACCCUAGAGGAGGGCAUGCAGCAGGCGGGGAGGGAUUACAUCGAUGUGUUCAAGAUUGACUGCGAGGGGUGCGAGUACCCAGUAUUGGAUGAUCUUAUGGAACGGUACACUGCCAGACGGAACCCCCCCAUUGGUCAGCUGCUCAUCGAGUUCCACGGGGCAAGCACUCAACCCGUUAUGGAGAAGUAUUUCUACGGAAUUCAGAACAUGGGUUUCCGCCUCUUUCACGUUGAAAGAAACGCGUACUAUCCAGGGUUUUGUGCAGAGUUCUCCUUCAUCCACGAGAGCUUGCUGCCAGUAGAAAAGGAUGAUGGAAUCACUUAUUAG